AUGGAUAUAAUAUCACAAACAGAUUCAACACCUACAACUCCAAACGAAAAUAAUAAUAACAUAAACAUAAUGAGCUCAAAUAACAACACAAACAAUAGUACUAGCGACUUCUAUCUAAAAAGUAUAACUACAAAUUCAAAUAACGAUGAAACUAUAAUAGAUUUAAAUUCAUCAUCACCAUCUACAAAUUCUAACUCAACCUCUAUUCCUUUAUAUAAUACAAAUAAUGAAAACAAUAAUAAUAAUAAUAAUAAUAAUAAUAAUAUUAAUAAUGAUAACAUUGAAACAUAUAAAAAUAAAUUUGUAAAAUAUAAUGAAAAUGAAUUUUUAGAUUUAGAUAAACAAGUAUUUGUUACAUCAACAUCCUCAGCAACUACAGCAACAACUUCAUCUUCGUCGUCAACAAUGAAAUCAAAGAGAAACAGUGAUAGUUUUGAUUCAAAGGAGUUAAAGUUAGGCGAUUUAGAGGGAAACAGUGGUUCAUCAAACAAAAGAGCUUCUUUACAAUUACACCCAACCAACUAUUCGGGUUCUUCCUCACUUUUAAGAUCACCAUAUGAAUCACCUUCAAAAAAUAUUUUAAUUAGAACAUUUAGUGAGAAUAUGGCAAAUAGUGUAAAAAAACCUUCAUCUGCUCUUAAAUCUUCAAUUUUUAGUAGCAACUCAUCAUCAUCAUCAUCAACAGUAACAACAUCAUCAACAACAACAACAACCACAACAAAUAAUAAUAAUGUAAAUAAUAAUAAUAAUAAUAAUAAUAUAGUACCACCUUCACCACAUUAUACAGUUAAAAAGAAUCAUAAUAGUCAAAUUAUGUUCCCGUCAAAUACACCAGCAAAACCAUCAAGUUUUGUUCAAACACCUCAAAAUUAUUAUUUCGACAGUCAACAACAACAGCAACAAUCAGAGAUGAAUCAAUCAUCAGAAUUGAAAUUCCAAUACAUUUUAGAUAAUCCAGAUAAUAAAACGUCAGAAACUGAAUUAAAGUAUAUUCUAUUCGAUCUUUUUCCAGAUAUAGAAGAAGAUAUGCUUCAAGAGAUGUUACUUAGAAUUCCAUUUGAUGAUGGUUACGUAUCAAAUAGUGUUAUCAUUAGUUUAAUGGAAAAACAAGAUAAACAAUCAUUAAAUGAUAGUUUAGAGGUUGAUGACUUUCAAAAUCACCCAAUUAAUAAUUUAGGUGAUUAUAAAGAUGGGAAAAAUUCAAUCAAUAAUAAUACUAAUAAUAGUAACAACAACAACAACAACAACAAUAAUAGUAAUAAUAACAAUACCAAUAAUGAAGGUAAUAACAAUUUAACUCAUUCACCACUUCAAUUACAACAACCACAUCCACAACCACAACAACAACAACAACAACAACAACAACAACAACAACAACAACAACAACAACAACAACAACAACAACAACAACAACCACAACCACAACAAAAGCCUGCUUAUUUUUCAACAUCAAUUUAUGGUAAUUCAGGUGAAUUUGAAGGUGUAAGUGGUUCAUUUGGUGAGAGUUAUUAUCAACCUGAGCAAAUUCAAAAACUUCAAGAAGAAUUAUACCAAACAAAAAGGGAAUUACAAAACUAUAAAGAUGUAAAUAUUCAUAUUAAUUUAAUUUUUUUUUAUUUAACUUUUACAUAUAAUGAUAGAGAAAUUAAAAUAAAAAAUAAAAGAUUAGAAGAGGAACAAGCAAAACUUUGCUUAGAAAUUAAAACUAUUCAAGAAGAGAAUACAAAGAAUAAAAAAGAAUUAUCAAAUUUAAAAGAUUCAGAAAAAAAGAAAAGAGAUUAUCAAAUGGCAACUGAAUUAGAAGAAUAUAAGAAAAAAGAAAAUGAUUUAGCUAAACAGGUAGAAGAAUGUAAAAAACAAUUAUCUACAUUGAGAAAUAAUAAUAAAGAAGAAAAACAAAAAGUUUUAUUGGUUGAAAAAGAAAAAGAAGAAUUAAUUAUAAAAAAUUUAGAAAUUGAAAAGAAUUUAAAAUCAAUAACAAAUAAAUUUAAUAAUUUAUCACAAAAAUCUGAAGAAUAUUUUAAUCAAAUUAUAAAUAUGGAAAAUGAAAAACAAAAACAAUUAUUACUACAACAAGAACAACAACAACAACAACAAAAUACACCACCACUUACUUCAUCCCAACCAAAUUCUUUAAAUCAAUCUAAAAAUAUUUUAAAUGUUUCACAACUUCAAUCAAAUAAUAAUAAUAAUAAUAAUAAUAAUCAAUUAGGAGAAUCAACAUUUGGAUUACAAUCAAAAAUAAUGGCACAUAAUAAUUUAACUCAAUCAACAGUUACAAAUGAUCAACAUCAUAUGGAAUUAAUUCAAAAGAUUGAAAUGUUAGAAGCUGAAAUCGUUAAUCUUCAAGCAUUUAAUAAGACACAAGUUGAAAGUAAUAAAUCACUAUCCGAAGAAAAUAAUGAUCAAAAUAAUAUCAUUACGAAAUUAAAUUCAAAAUUACAAAAACUACAAAUCGAAUUAGCUCAAACUCAACAAACUUUACAAUUACAUCAACAAACUUUAGUAAAUAAUGAAAAAGAUAAUAAUAAUAAAAAUAAUAAUAAUAAUAAUAGUAACAAUGAUAACGAUAAUGAUAAUAAUAAUAAUAAUAAUGAUAAAAAUACAACAUCUUCAAAUCAAUUACAACUUUUAACAGUUUUAGAGCAAAAUAAAUCACUAAAACUUUUACUACAAAAUAAAAAUAAUAAACUUAGUGAUAUGGAAGAUAAAAACAUGUUGUUAGUAAACUCUUACAGCAAUUUAUCACAAAUUACCGAGGCUUUAAAACAGUAUCAAUCAUCUAAUAAUAAUAAUAGCAAUAGCAAUAGUAGUAGUAAUGAUGACGAUGAUUUAAUAUUAACAAAACCAACUAGCUUUUCAAGACGUUUAUUCAAUUCUGUGGAAGUUGCUUUCUCAAUCUUUGGAUUUUUGGUAUUUAUUUUAAUUGCAAUCAUAGUAAUCAUAAGACAAACACACGAACCUUAUGUUUUCGAAGCAAUAAGUUAA